AUGGUCACCCUGUUUUUGCUGGUGAUCGUCUCUCUGUUCUGCACCAAUAACGGUGCACUUCGGGAGUAUCUGACAGAGAAAACAAUACUGUGUCAUAAAUGUAAAAAGUUUCACCUUGGGAUCUGCUAUACCAGCAUGAAGCACUGCCAGCUGACGCACCAACAGUCCUGUGCUAUUGAGAACAUUUACUUACUUACGAAAAGAGGGCGGAGUUUAUACUAUUAUUCAAUACUGUCGUGUAUGACCAACUGUGAGGACGUCAACUUCUUGGGUUUUCAGAAGAAGACAGAGUUAAUCUGUUGCAAACAUGAUAGCUAUUGCAACAUCCCUCAGGGAUCCUAG